AUGACGACGACGACGACGACGUCGUCGUCUGAAUCGUCGUCGUCGUCGUCUUCGAGAAAAUUAGUAGGAGCACAUCAGCGUCAUCGGAAAUUUUCAUCAUCAUCAUCAUCAUCAUCAUCAAGCAGACAAAAGAGAACAACAACAACAACUGCUUCGAAUAGUAUUCGAACGUACUCAGUACACGCGGCGAAACAGGAAAUAAACUUACAAAAAGUUAUCGAAAAUUUGUGCGAAGGGAAGGAUUUAUCCGAAAACGAGGCGUUUGAAGCCAUGGAAGCGUUGUUGGAUGCGUCGGAAAAUCAGAUCGCUGCUUUUUUGGUCCUGUUGCGAGCGAAAGGGGAGACGAGCUCAGAAAUGGCCGGGUUAGCGCGAGCUAUGCAAUCGAGAGCGGUACAAGUGAACGCCGGGGACGAUGUUUUGGAUAUCGUUGGUACCGGUGGGGAUUCUGCGGGGACGGUGAACAUUUCAACCGGGUCGUGCGUGUUAGCCGCGGCGGCGGGCGCGAAGGUGGCGAAACACGGAAGCCGCUCCGUGUCUUCUCUCUGCGGCUCCGCGGACGUUUUGGAAGCGCUCGGUGUGGCCGUGGAGAUUGGCCCAGAGGCUAUCGAAAAGUGCGUGAAAGAAGUCGGCAUGGGUUUUAUGUUUGCCCCGAGAUUCCACCCGGCGAUGGCGAAAGUUUCGCCGGUGAGAAAAUCGUUAAAAGUGAGAACGGCGUUUAACUUGUUAGGACCGAUGUUAAACCCGGCGCAUUCCAAGUACGCGCUCGUUGGCGUCUACUCCACGGAUAUUCAGAGGUUAAUGGCAGAUUCAUUCAUGCGUUUGGGAAUGAAGAAAGCGUUAAUCGUCCACUCGAUGGGUUUGGACGAGUUGACUCCGUGCGGCCCGGCGGACGUCAUGGAAGUCUCCAAAGACGGCGUCAAAACGUACACCUUUGAACCGUCUAAAGUGGGAAUAAAAAAAUGCGAAUUAAAAGACUUAGCCGGUGGUGACGCUAAACUCAACGCCAAAAUUUUGCGCGAAGCUUUGGGAGGUGAAACCGGUCCAGUGGCGGAAACUUUGAUUUUGAACGCCGGCGUCGCCAUGGCGGCGGCGGAGCAAGCCGCGUCCGUCGAGGAAGGCAUCGCCAUGUGCAGAGAGGCGCACAAAACCGGUAAAGGCGGGGAAAAGUUGGACAGUUGGAUUCAGUUGACCCAGGAGUGUAAAAAGGCUGGUUUGUAA